UUUGGUUGAAAUUAUGGUGAAAAAUCUUGUCAUAUAAAGUGCAUUCGAUCAUUCGUACGUUUCGGUUUCAUCAAUGAAAGUGUGUUAUAUGAAUCGAUUGUAUUAGUAUGAUCUAGUUUGUCUUUAUUAUACGUAGAGGAAGUGUUUUAUUAACAAAAAAGAAUUAAAUUUUUAAAUUCUUACGUAAUACAUGCUAGUGUAUCAUACGGUACACAGUAGUUACAGGUCUUUGUGAGAUAAUUAGAUAUGCUUCUGUCAUAAGAUAUGUUUGAAUCAUUCAACAAGAAUUUAAUGCGUAUUUCAGUAACAGAAGAACUCUGUGUGUAUACUACAGUGCAGUGCCAAAAUAUCAAGUUAAAUAAGUCGUCAUGAUACAUAAUACCUAUGCUAAUCAGUCAUUAUAACGACAAGUUAUUGUGUUUUUUCUUCGUUUUUUUUUUUGUAACUCGAAGUAAUUACAUAUAUUGUUUUGUGUUACGUGUCGUACUUAUAAAUCGACCAUGCAUAAUCCAUAAUAAACUCUGUUGUUAAAUGUAAAUAACGACACAAUUCAGUGUAACCGUCCACAUUUAUAUAAAAAAGUGCACCGAAAUCCAGCAUUAUAAGUGUAAAUACACUCAACUCUAAUCAUAUCAACAUAUCAAAAAGUACACAACAAACGACUAUUGACUUGUUGGUCAUUUCCGUCGUUUAAGCGCAUAACUGGAUUAUCUUCACCCACAACCUCUUAGCCGUACUAAACAAGCGCACAAAGUUUACACAAACGACUUGAGAACUUCAACUUUUUUCUCGGAAUCCAACAACCAUAUAAUGAGAAAAUAUCAAUUGUCAUUUAUGGUUUUUUGUAUACUAAGUCUUCGCUCAUAUGUGCAUCCUAAUGUAUUAACUGAUACAACAAAAGAAAAGCCUCACGACAAAUGCAUUGGCCCAACUGAAACUGGACCAUGUAAAAAUUUUCUUUACAAAUGGAGUUUCGAUCAUUCGAUUCGUGAAUGUUCAACUUUCAUUUGGGGUGGUUGUGAUGGCAAUCCAAACAAUAGAUUCAAUAGCGAAGCAGAAUGUAAUUUUCAUUGUCUCGGUGAACCAUAUACGCUGCCGACACACUUGCAAACAACGACAAAGGAUCCGUUAAUAAACGAAUUGCAGAGCACAACAACAACUCCACCAACAAUAUCAAUUGUUCCACCUGAUGAACCUACAAGUCAUGAUAGUGAUGGGGGUGGUUCUGAUAUAACGUUUGAUGAAAGUGGUCAUGAGAAAACGUUUCUGUUUGCGAAAAAUAAUACCUUCAUCCAAAUGGAUGGGGAAUUGAUUUCUACAUUUCAGCUUAGAUUAUGUCGUGAAAUUUCAUUUCAAUUCCGUACGCGUCUUCCCCACGGUUUGCUAGUUUAUCACAAUGUCAAAAAUCCCGAUAAAAUCGAAUUGGAACCUUAUGCAUUGUACGUAAUUGUCGAAAGAGGACAAUUAAAAGUCGUUCACGUUUUCGGCAAACAUUCAUCCAGUGUUACUGUUGGUGAAGGAUUGAACAGGGAUGAAUGGCAUAGUGUAAUGGUGCGAAUUGAUGUUCACGGAGCCAGAUUAAUUGCAAGGGUUGACGAUAUCCAGGAGGAAGUUUAUUUGAAGGGUCUAAAUCACGAUACGAAUUACGGUGUUUCAACCAACCUUCCAUCGGUUGUUUUGGUGGGAGGUCUCAGCUCCGAAGAGAAACUUCAUGGCGUUAAAUACAUAAUUGAAUCAUUCGUUGGUUGUAUACGAAAUGUGGUACUUAGUUCUGGUAAGGCAGCAUCUGAUCUACUGCCGAUAACGAAUUCUUCCGUAAUGGCAUUAGCAACGAAACAUGAAAAUGUAAAAGAGGGAUGCUUCAACAAUAAUAAGUGCCAUACUCAACAGAAUUUGUGUUUCGUCGGUUCGAGAUGUAUAAAUCACUAUUAUGACAUUAGCUGUAACUGCUUUGGUACGCAUUAUGAGGGUGAACUGUGCGAUAUUUACACUGCCACAAUUCUCACAUUACGGGGCUCAAGCUAUGUGUCGUACCGUAUAUACGACUGGAAAGAUCGAGUUCAUUCGCCAACCACACGUAUCAGUCUUAUGUUCAAAACUCGCCACGAUGAUUCGGCUCUGUUUUAUGCAAGUGGAGAAUCUCUUAAACAUCAGUACAUAGCCGCAUCCAUUAAAAACCAUUCGUUAAAUGUUGAAAUGGAUUUCGGAGAUGGUGUCAUGACGGCUGUUUUGGGUGAUGGACUGACCAGCCAUUAUUGGCAUAAUUUGACUAUUUAUCAUGAACGAAAUACUGUCCGUGUCGUAUUGGACGACCAAAUGAAGGUUAUGGAUGUACCAGGCGCCACAACUAAUUUACUAUUCGACCCAGAAAUUUAUUUUGGUGGCGGUCCUGAUUUGCAAAAGAAAAGAGGCUUGUCUUCACAAAAUAAUUUUGCUGGAUCUCUGAAAUAUGUCUAUUACAAUGACAUAUCCGUACUGUAUGAACUAAAGAACAAAAACCCGAAAGUACACUACAUAGGUGUGUUAGAGGCAGAAUUUUACGAAGCUGAUGUUGAAGUAAUACCAAUAACAUUCCCAUUUGCUACAUCGCAUAUCUGGUGGCCGAUAAAUCAACCAGAUCGGCUUAAUAUAAAAUUUGAUUUUCGCAGCAAUCGUACAACAGCUGUACUGGCGUAUGGGGAGGUGACAACAUCUGAAGGAAAUGGAUUCUGGGAGAUUCGCUUGGCAAGCGAUGAAUUGAGCUUUGAUUUUAUGCCAGAUGUCACAAACAACGUCACCAACCCAAUAAAAAUUCCGAUUGAAAGUGCCACAAAAUGGCAUGCCAUCGAACUUUCAUAUAAAAAUGGGGAAAUUAAGUUCACCGUUGAUUACAGAAAAUCGCAAUCGAAAAUGUUUGGUUUAUCGUUGAGCAUUGGUCAUAAAGUAAUAAUUGGUAGCAGUUUGAGAAAUCGACAAUCCGGUUUAAUUGGUUGCAUGCGAGAUUUGGAGAUAAAUGAUGUCAUUAUUGAACCGAGGUAUGUGGUUAAAACGGAACGUGUGGUCGGUGAGGUUGCAUUAGAUAAUUGUAAAUACAUCGAUCCGUGUAAACGGCCCAAUACAUGCGAGCACGGUGGCAAAUGUUUUGUGAAAGAUGAUAGAAUAACGUGCGACUGUCGGGGUACAGGAUAUAUUGGGAAAAAUUGUCAUUUUACGAAAUAUCGAAAGACUUGUGAGGAGCUAGCAUUACUGGGAUACACGAAACCCGAUGUCUAUUUGAUUGAUAUUGACGGCAAUGGAGUGUUUCCGCCAGCACAUGUGAAAUGUGAUUUUCAGAGUUUGGAAAAUGCAACGAAAACUAUUGUCGAACAUAAUCUUCCCAGUCAAUUUGAUGUCAGAUCAGCUAAAGAAGAGGACUUCAGCAUUAACAUCAAAUACAGAGAAUUUUCGCCGGAAAUGUUACAAGAGCUGAUAUCUCAUUCGCUAUAUUGCACACAGCACAUUAAAUACGACUGUUAUAAAGCUCCACUGGAACUGCAUUCGUUUACAUGGUUUUCAUCGUCAGAUAAAAACAAUACGGUCGACUACUUGGGCGAAGUUAAGAGAGGUUCGUGUCCGUGCUCGGUAAAUCAUACUUGUGAAGAUCCGAAACAGACAUGCAAUUGUGAUGUGAAAGAAAACAAAUGGUUCGCAGACGAAGGAUUUUAUUCAAAUGCACAAAGUCUGGGCAUUACCAAUAUGUAUUUCCUGCAGCAAAAGGAUUUGGAGGAAGAAGCAAAGGGAAGAAUUACAUUGGGCCCGUUAGAAUGUGUGGAAACAAAUACCCAAAAGUUUGUGGUUACCUUUACCACUUCACAAUCAUACAUUGAAGUGCCAGGAUGGCGUAUGGGUGACAUUGCAUUUUCAUUUCGAACGACUGGUGAAAAAGCAAUUUUGCUCUUUCAACCGCCCAUACGUGCGUACUAUCCAUCGUUUAUGGUAGCGCUGACUGGUGACUAUCAGCUAACGUUCAACUUUACAUUAAGUACUGGAACAACUCGCGAACUUGUUAUUAAUUCAAAUCGCAAACUGAACGGUGGUGAAUGGCACAAAAUUUGGAUUGAUUAUAAUGAAUACCACGUACGAUUUAUGAUCAAUACGGACUAUCAAAUGAUAAAUUUAAGACCGGAAGAGGAAUUCGGUCCGUUUGAAGGCAGCAUGUUCAUCGGUGGUGCCACGGCAGAUUUGUUGAAGAAAUUAUCGGUGAAACAGGGACUAAUUGGUUGCUUCCGCGGGCUGGUAGUGAAUGGAGAAAUUCUGGAUAUUUAUAAUUACAUGUCCGUUCAUUUGUCGGAAAUCAUUAAAGACUGUAAACCAUCGUGUGUACCUAAUCCCUGUAAAAAUGGAGCGCAUUGCAGAGAAUUGUGGAGUACAUUUCAAUGCGUUUGCAACAAUAAAUACGCUCAUAUCGGACAAUAUUGCGAGACGAAUAUAAAUGAAAAAGCACUGACAUUCAUAAAUCGUGAAUCGUAUCUGAAGAGAAACUACUUGAGCAAUAGCGAUAGUGAAAAAGAUAUGCUGCGAAAUAUUUUCCAAGACAGCAUUCUAAUUAAUAUACGAACGUAUGAUUCACAUUCACUCGUCCUUUAUGCUAAUGAUCACUUUAACAAUUUUGUACAUUUAUACAUAACAAAUUCAAAUGAAGUUGUAUACCUGUACAAUUAUGGCGAUGAAAUUGUAAACCUCACGAUUGUACACAACGAAUUGAGCAGUGGAAAAAGUAUACAAGUGGCUGUAAUUAGAACAGAGGCUGAAACAACGAUGCAUGUUAAUGAGAAGCACAUAACAGUUGAGAAGGGAUAUCGUUUGCUUCAAGAAUACUCAAACAGACCAUGGAUGAAUCCGGAAAAAGAACUCUUACAUAAUCAUCGGCCACCCGCACCACCAACCGAAUAUUUCCAAUUUAAUGUUGGCGGCUACGAUACAGCAAAUCUUUUACGUACCAAUUCCGGCAUGCCCGAAUUACAAGGAUUUAUUGGAUGUGUACGUGGUCUUAAAAUUGGAGAUAACUUAAUUGAUCUGGCUGUGAUUGCUGAGGAAAACAUUGCUCGCGUUUCGGAUGGUGUACUACCUAAUUGUCAAGUGAAAUGCGAUGCAGAACCAUGUAAAAACAAUGGAAUUUGUACAGAAAAUUUUGCUAAACAAGAGAGCUAUUGCAAUUGUGAAUACACGAGUUUUAUGGGUGAAUUCUGUAUGGAAGAGAAGGGUGCAGACUUUAGUGGGGAGUCAGCGCUUAUGCGAAAAUACACUCUGGAUGGAGCAGUGGAAAAAAUUAAAUUACAAUUGGCAUUUUCGAGUGGUGACUUGAGACGUGCCAGUAGAGUCAUGUUGCUUUUACAAACUGAAAAUGACCGAAGCUAUUAUCUAAUGGUAGCUAUAACAUCAGAUGGAUUUUUACAAAUUGAAGAAGAUAGAGAAGGAUCAGCAUUUAGUGUAGUAAUUGAAAGGAACUUCUUGAACAAUAUUCGCCAUUCGGUGUACUAUCAGCGCACUGGUGAUGAUGCAAUGCUGUUAAUCGACAGAGAACAAGUUUCGUUGGAACCGAAAGUUGUUUUAGCAUUAACUCAAGUGGCUGAUAUUGGCAGUAAUUCGGUACAAAUUGGUGGCGUUAAUACAACGGAUCCACGUUUUGCUGGACUGAAAAGCUACAGUGGGUGCCUAUCAAAUAUUUUCAUUCAAGUGAACAAUUAUUCGAUGAAACCGCUCGAGGAGUACAUGCUGUUCACGAAUACGGGUGCUGAAAACAUAACGGUUAUUAAUUCUCAGGGUGUCCGAAGUGCACAAUGCAGCAUGGAAUUUGAUAUAACGCAGAAAUUUGUGCCUGAACCGUCACUCAAUUUCAGUGUGGCGUCGGACAAAACAUGGGUGGAAAAUGAACCAGAACGCAUAUCGUAUAAAUCACAGCACGUUGAUCCAUCACAAAAGGAAGAAAAAACUCAGGUCGUGUUCAUCACAUUGACAACGCUAUUUGUCGUAAUUGUGAUAUGUUGUAUUAUUGAAGUGUAUCGCACAAAUCGAGCCCAUCGAAAACGAAUAGAACGAGAAACAGAUGAAAGUAUUAUAUGGUCUAAGGAGCAAGCGACAAAACUGUUUGAAUCACCGAAACCUUUCAGCUAUAAACCGGUUUCCUACGACGAUAAGGGAGACUCACCCAAAGGUGACGCUGAAAUAGUUGGUAUCUUGAAAAAUGGUAGUUCAAAUAUCCAACCAAUAACUCCAUCAACCACUACAAUCGGUAAUGAACGCGAUAAUAAGUAUGAUGCGGAAGACAACAAGCUAUUGGUUAAUGGUAAAGUAAACGGAGUGACAGAUUUGGAAAAUGAACGUGACAGCGAAUCUUCAGCGGAUGAUGACGAACACGAUGACACUACCUGCGAAGACGAGGGCUUGUCAGAUAAUCCGGACGAUUACACAGAUGAAUUCGACUACGUUCCAGAUCUACCUCAACUCACAAACCGUUCACAAUACUUCGGAAGAGAUGUAGAUGCUAACAAUUACAACCAACACCCGGACAAUCCAUCCGCACCGAUGGUAGUACGACGCCAACCGAAAUCACCAGUAACCAAAGUGUUCGUGAGCGAGGAUCAACGGCAAUUCGAUAAUCCAAUUAGUUAUUUAGGAGGCCCACAUUUAGAGCCACGUAACCGGAAAAGUCUUGACUCAGUACUGUCAAUUGAUUAGAAUUACAAUCGCUAAACCGAACUGGUGUGCAUACGUU